AUGGUAUCAUCUCGAGAUAAUAAUAAUGAUCAGCCAGAUGAAUCGAGUAAUGCAAUGGAUUAUGAUCUUACACAAGAAGCAACAACACCAAAUUUGGCUACUGAUGAGGUUAUUACAGAUUCAGUUAUCGAUGAUGAUAUAUUAACAGGGGAUGAAAAUGAUCAUUUAAAUUGUAGCAGUGAAACAGUUGAUGAAUUAAAUCAGACAAAGGGAACAACACACAUAUUUUCCAAUACAAAUGAAAAUUCAGACACCAAUUUAAGAAGUCAUUUAGGAAAAACACACCGAAUGAUUGAUUUUUUAUAUCCUUCUCAAAAAGAUCAACAGCAACCAAAAUUAUUGAAAAAACUGUCUGCUGAAGAAAAAAAAAUACUUAAUGCUGCUGCAAUUGAAGCUAUUGUAAAAGAUGCACUUCCAUUUAAUCACUUCAGUAAAACCGGUAUGCUUAGAUUUUUAUCUAUUAUUAAACCUGGCUAUCGAGGGCCUCAUCGAAAGACUGUUCGAAAACACCUUGUACGUUUAUAUCAACAGCAACAACAAUUGAUAAAACAAGAAUUAUCUUCUAUAUCACAUAUCAGUCUUACAGCCGACGUCUGGAAAAGUCCUGCACAACAAUACUUUAUCUGUUUAACUUGUCAUUUUUUUGUCUUCAUUGUUGGAAAAUCGUUCAAUUGCUUUAUCAUUUCAACGAUUUCCUGA